AUCCGCGUCUCCGCUGCCGGUGUAUACUUUCUCGCCGCACCGCAUUCAAGAAAACUCCGCCAUUUCCUCCGUUGAAAUCUCUCUCUUUCUCUCCGCAUUUAUCGCCACUGCUUUAUAAAAACAGUAGAAGCAGCACUUCCUACAGCAGAGGGGAUUGAAGAAAAAUCCAGAAAUCCAUGACACUUCUACUUCGUUUCUUCCUCUGACAAUAUCGUCUCUGUUGCGAGAAUAUGGACGAGAAAAUGGAAGAUACCGUCGACGAAUGCUUCCAGUAUCUUGAAAUCGAUCUCGACUACGAGUUCGACGCCUCCCGUUACUUCGACUUCAGACGGAGGGAAUCCCUCUCCGAAGCGCGAGAAGCCGAGCUCUGGUUCGAGACCGCCGGCAGCUAUCCCCCUUCACCUUAUAUAGUGAAGCUGCAUUUGAGGGAAGAUGUCCUUGUAGAAGAUGCGAGUACGCUUCCAGAACCUAAAGAUGUGAAACAGACGAAUUCGAUUACCAAUUCAGAUGUCAGCAUGGGCUCCAACUCUUCUGGACCAGCUGAAAAUUAUAGAGAUCAUGAAGAGGUUGGGGAUCUGAAUCUGAAAAGUGGUCAAUAUGCACAACAAGCAUUCAUGGCAAGUGUUUUGGACCAUUUCUUUAUUGGAAGUAUUGUUGCUGACUCUCAAGCAGGGGGCGCUGUCACCAAAGAUAUUCCUAAAGCUAAAACAAAGUCUGUCAAGCCACCUUUCUCGAGUCGCUCAACUUUGAUGAAACCUACUGCCAGUCAGUUGGCAAAGCAAAACCCACCACGGUUUCAAAAGCCAAUGGUGCUAAAAAAUGAGAGAAGCUUAGACAAUACAUCAGGAAUUGAAAGUCAGGCUGCCAAGAGGCAAAAACUAGAGGGCGGGCAUUUGCGCAAGGUACUUGAUCUAAAGCAGCAAGUCAGCUUGAUACACAAGGCCCCCCAAAAGGAUGGCAAUUCUGAUCAGUCCAGGCUAAAACUAACUAUUCCCAGAGAACCUGAACUUGAAACAGCUCGAAGGGCUCAAAGAAUGAGGGCCAAGAGCUGUAUGGAGGUUGGGGAACGAACAUUUUCAACUGUGCCCGUAUUUAAAGCACGCCGCUUGAACAGAAAAAUUCUUGAGGCUCCAUCAAUGCCAAUGCCACAGAAGAGCACACCACGGUUGCCUGAGUUUCAAGAAUUUCGCUUAAAGACAUCUGAGAGGGCUAUGCAACAUGUAUCUUCAGCUUCAUCACCACUGCUAUGUUCCAAUAAUUCAGAUAAAGUUGUAGUAAACCAUAAGACUAGUUCCAUUUGGCAAAUUGGUACCCCAGACUACAAAAGCUUACAAAAUUAUGCAAAUAUCUCCUCUCAUCAUCAAAAAUUGAAAGUCACAGAUGAUCGAAAGCAGGAAGAAAGUGAAAAGAUACCCCAAUUUAAAGCUCGUCCUCUUAAUAAGAAGAUAUUUUCUAGUAAAGGUGAAAUUGGUGUCUUCAGAACUAGCAAACGGCAAAUGACAAUACCCAUGGAAUUCAAUUUCCCGACAGACAAGCGAUUUCAGAAUCCACCAAUAGAAUUGUUCAAGAAGCUCUCAUUAACAUGUGAACUUAAGCAAAAGCUUGCAUCUCAGUCAAAUAUGUCUCGGCCCGUACCUAUUAAGGAAAAUAUGGUUGAUUCUGUACAAAAAGAACAAAAGAUUAACCACACGAGCAAGGAUACAUUGCAGCGGCUUGGGGGAAAGCAGGUCCAAUGUGGGAGCGAUAGGGGAAUGGCUGAAAUCAGAUCUCAAGCAAACGUGUGCAGGAGCGUGGGCAUCCGUUGAAAGGAAUGAAGAGAUUUUAUUGGUAUUUACUCAAGUACAUUACAAGAUUUCAAGCUUGUUUUUUGCUGCUGAAAUGGAGUGCCUCCAACUGUACAAAACUCUUCCUAUUAGUGAAACUGAGAGCUCUGUGCAAUGAUAUUUUCGAUGGCAUACAUCAGUUGAGCUCGUGCCUUCCCACAAAUUUGUACUAGUUGGGCUUCUUCUGUUGCUUGAGUUUGUAGGGCCACUGCUUGAAGCCACCAUUUUAUGUUGUAGCACUUGGAGGAGAGGAGAGGAGAGGAGAGAAGAAUCCAUCGGUACAAUUGGUCGUUCUGAAACCGAACCACCACACCACAAUAAAAAUGUAACAGGCUUGUACAGGAAUCAAAGCUUUAAACCUUUGAAAGAUGGUUUUUGCAGUCUUGGAAGAUGUAGCAGAAAAUCUGUAAUUUUGAGAAACAUGAAAGCAUAAUUCAUCUUCUGUUUUUUCCCC